AAAUAUUAGCCUCACUUGCUCUUCGUUUGAGUACAAGUGCAACACAAAUCCAGUACCUCAACCCACUUACAAACUGAUCAUGGCCAACCGAGCAGCUUGUUUCCUCAUCCUCCACUUUAGUACGUUGUUUUUGGUACAGUCUUGCGUGUUUAACUUUGCUAAUGCUACAGUUCUCAACAUUACCACCGAUCGAUCUACUCUUCUUUCUUUGAAAGCUUCUAUUUCUGAUCCUCGUCAUGUUUUAACAAACAACUGGUCCACCUCUACUUAUGUUUGCAAUUGGGUUGGUGUCACUUGUGGUUUUAAACAUCUCCGAGUCAAAGCUUUAAACCUUUCUUACAUGGGCCUUGUUGGUAUCAUUCCUCCGCACAUCGGGAACCUUUCGUUCCUUGUUAGCCUAAGCAUAAGCAACAACAGUUUUCAUGGCUCAUUGCCAAAUGAGUUGUCGCGUCUUUAUCGGUUGGAAUACUUAAACUUUCGAUUCAAUGAAUUGAGCGGAGAAAUUCCAUCUUGGAUUGGGUUGCUAACAAAACUUCAAUUUUUGGGUCUAUCUGGUAACAAAUUCGGAGGUACUAUUCCACCAUCUCUGUCUAACAUAACUUUGUUGCAACAAUUUUCUCUUGCAUAUAACCAACUUUCAGGAUCCAUACCUUCCUCUAUAUUCAACAUAUUUGGCUUGCAAGAAAUUAAUCUCAGAGGAAACAAACUUACGGGUCCGAUGCCAUCGAUCUUGGUCAACAUGUCUUCGUUGCAAUACAUUGAUCUAAGCUUCAACAUGUUGGUUGGUACACUACCAAUUGGAAGGAUAUCUCCGAAAAUAGGGAAUUUAUCCAGGCUUACAACGUUAUAUCUCACCGACAACAACUUUGAAGGUUCAAUACCAAGUGAAAUUGGAAACCUCCAGAAUCUAGAGACUAUUGGCACCUCACUCAAUGGUUUUCUUGGCCCAAUUCCAUUCCAGAUCUUUAAUAUCUCAAGGAUACAAUUUAUUUCAAUGGCGAUCAAUAAAUUCUCAGGCCACCUUCCAGCAGAUAUGGGCCUCUUCCUCCCAAAGCUCGAAGAACUUUAUCUUGGUGGAAAUAAAUUGAGCGGAAUAAUUCCCAACUCCAUCUCCAAUGCUUCACAGCUCACUUUCAUAGACUUGAGUGUUAACUCAUUGUCGGGCAUAAUUCCAGAAGUGCUUGGUAAUUUAAGGCUCCUCAAGUCGCUUAACCUAGAAUUUAAUAAUUUGACUAUUGGAAGUCAAGAAUUGAGUAUUUUCUUCUACUUAUCGAAUUGCAAAGAUCUUAGAAUGAUAUCUUUUGCAUUCAAUCCCCUUCAUAGCUUCCUUCCCAAUUCCGUUGGUAACCUUUCUCUCUCUCUUCAAGAACUUUUCCUAAAUUCUUGCAAUAUUAAGGGAAGCAUUCCGGCAGAGAUUGGAAAUCUAAGUAGUUUGAUUCUUUUGAAACUACCCAACAACAAAUUGAAAGGACCUAUUCCAACUACAUUAGGAAGAUUGCACAUGCUACAAAUUUUGUCCCUUCCACAUAAUAAACUAGAAGGUCAUAUCCUGUCUGAUCUUUGUCAUCUAAAGAGUCUGUAUGCCUUGCAUCUAGAAAACAAUAAGCUUUUUGGACAUAUUCCAACAUGCAUAAGCAAUCUAACUUCCCUAAGAUCUCUCUGCUUAGGUUUCAACCAAUUAACAUCCACGAUUCCUUUGAGCUUGUGGAGCCUUACAUAUCUCUUGCAUGUCGACCUGUCAUCCAAUUCAUUAACUGGCAAUCUUUCAUUAGAAAUUGGAAAUAUGAAAGUCCUGAUGAUAUUGAAUCUAUCAAGAAAUCAACUAUUAGGGGAUAUCCCGAUAGCAAUUGGUGGCCUCAUAGAUCUAACUGAUGUCUCUUUAGCAGUCAAUCAGCUAGAAGGUUCAAUUCCAGAGUCUUUUGGUAAACUAUUAAGCUUAGAGAUCUUAGAUCUUUCCUACAACAAUUUAUCUGGAAGGAUUCCCAAGUCCUUAGAAGCACUUUUACACCUCAAGUAUCUAAAUGUCUCUUUCAAUAAUCUACGAGGGAAAAUUCCAACAGGAGGACCAUUUUUACACUUUUGGUCUACUUCAUUUAUCUCAAAUGAUGCGCUAUGUGGUGCACCCCGAUUACAAGUUCCCCCAUGCGAAGAAGAUUCUCCUAAAACAAAAAGGGCCAAAGUAUCACACUUAAUGAAGUAUCUAUUACCAGCAAUUGGGUUAGCGAUGCUUGUAUUGAUCUCUUCAUUAGCCUAUAAAAGAUGCGAAACAAAGAAUCCUGGAUUUCCAUUGCAGGCAGACUUGUACAAUUUAACUACAUGGAGAAAAAUUUCUCACCAAGAACUUCUACUAGCAACAGAAAGGUUCAACACAAGCAACUUGCUUGGCGAAGGGAGUUUUGGAUCAGUAUACAAGGGAACACUUUCAGAUGGGAUGAAUAUUGCAGUAAAAGUUAUAAACUUAAAAGUAGAAGGGGCAUUUAAGUGUUUUGAUGCAGAGUGCGAGGUAUUACGAAAUGUUCGUCAUCGCAAUUUGGUCAAAAUCAUUAGCAUUUGUAGCAACAUCGACUUCAAAGCCCUAGUAUUGGAAUACAUGCCAAACGAGAACUUGGAGAAGUGGUUACACUCUCAUGAUCGUUGCUUGAAUUUCUUACAAAGGCUGAGUAUAAUGAUUGAUGUCGCAUCAGCAUUGGAAUACCUUCAUUAUGCUUACUCAUCAGUUAUUGUUCAUUGUGAUUUGAAGCCAAGCAAUGUCUUAUUAGAUGUGGAAAUGGUUGCACAUGUUACUGAUUUUGGCAUGGCCAAACUCUUAGGUGAUGAGGAUUCUAUGAUGCAAACCAUGACUCUUGCUACUUUGGGGUAUAUGGCACCAGAGUAUGGAUUAGGAGGAGUUGUUUCCACAAGAGGAGAUGUGUAUAGUUAUGGCAUUCUACUCAUUGAGACUUUUACAAGAAAAAAACCUACAGAUGACAUGUUUGCAGGAGAAAUGAGCUUGAAGCGCUGGGUAAAUGAAGCAUUGCCCAUUUCAACAAUUGAUAUUGUUGAUGCCAGUUUGUUAGGAAACCAAAGAUAUCAUGUUGCCUUGGAGGAGUGCAUAACUUCAAUUAUGGAAUUGGCUUUAGAUUGUUGUGCAGAGUUGCCCCAAAAAAGAACUAACAUGAAAAUUGUUUUAGCCACGCUAAAGAAGAUUAAAACAAAGUCUUUAAGAGAUGUCGGAGGACAUUGACAUUAGCCUUGUGUUUGUUGAAAUGCUUUCAUUGUAUGUCUUUCCUAAUAAUAAAACGGUAUUGAGAUUGCAAAAAAGAGACAACUUGUACUGUUGAAGUUAUUGGUUAUAAUAUAUAAUAAUUAUAUGGUCAUUGAUAAUGGAAUACUUCAUGAUUGUAUUGACUUAGGGUUUCUAGGUAAUAGGUAUAAAAAAUAAAUAUGAAUGUGCCGAAGUCAAUAAAAUGUAUGGGUACUACUACGUACUUAGCAUACCAAAAAUAUAUUUGACCGAAUUUAUGCUAAAUGUUUUAUAUAAUA